GGGUUUGUAUUCCGCACCCAUACAUAUCCCCCUGCUGAGGCGCUGACCACCACGCGCCGUCAUAUUACCCGGCGUCUCCCACGCUUCGCAGGUUCGUGCGAUCUCCUCAGUCCGGUAGAAAUCCAAUCCUCAUCCAGGGUUUAUUCCCCGCAGCCACGCUUUCGGAGACAAUCCGCUGCCUGCUUCUCGAUUGGAUCGUAUGAAAGGAGGCGCUCGGAUCUAGCUCGAUUUCUAGCGGUUUCAGGGCAUCCGUCCGUGUCGAUUCGAUUCUCUCUGUUGAUUUGCCAUGGUGAGGAAGCUCAGGCGCAAGGGCGACGCCUCCGCCGCGCCGACGCCCAGGGCCGACGCCCCGGGGUCGGCCAAGUCCGGCAAGCUUAAGAAGAGGGCGGUGAAGUCCGAUCCGAAGAAGCUGAAGGCGGCCGCCGCUGAAUCCGCAGGCACCGCCGACGCGUCUGCUUCGGCGCCGUCACCCGCGCCGAAGCCGGUCGAGGCGAGUCCGGCGGCGGCCUCAGGGGCCGACAAAGGUGGGGUCGCUCCGAGCAAAAGGGAGGGCAGGAACGCGAGUGGGAAGGAGCCGAUGAAGGGGAGAGAGGAGGAGAAGGGGAGGGGGGAAGACAGGAAGACGAGCAGGAAGGAGACGAAUAAUGGGAGGGAAGAGGAGAGGGUGAGGAGGGAAGAGAAGAGGAGGAGGACGACGGGGAAGGAGGAAGAGGAAGAUGAUGAUAAGAGGGGGUUUAUAUUCAUGUGCAGCGCCAGGACGAAGCCGGAGUGCUACCGGAGCGGCGUGUUUGGUCUGCCCAGGGGGAAGAUGGAUGUGGUGGAGAAGAUCCGGCCAGGAGCGAAGCUGUUCUUGUAUGAUUUUGACCUUAAGCUAAUGUACGGGGUGUACAAGGCGGAUACAAGGGGAGGCUUGGAUCUUGUGCGACAUGCAUUCGAGGGGAAAUUCCCUGCACAGGUCAAAUUUAGCGUUGACAUAGAUUGUCUUCCUGUUCCUGAGAGUAGUUUUAGGCACGCCAUUAGAGAAAACUACAAUUCAAAAGGCAGGUUCACCCAAGAGCUCAGCCCUAAACAGGUUCAUAGGCUACUGGCAAUAUUCAAGCCUAUUGGCCUUUCUCAACCAACUCCACAACAUAUUGAAGAAACACGCCAUCCACGUAUCGUUGAAGAUAGGCGAGAAGCGUAUGACUACGAAGAAAGACGAGUAGCACAACAUGUUGAAGAAAGGGGCACACCUGUUCGUGCCCGUGCAUAUCCUCUUGAGGAUCAUUACAAGAUCACAUAUUCAUUACGCCCUCCACUUCUUGAUGAGCCUCAGCAUGUUCCUCCUCAGUAUUAUCACCAAGUGGCUACUAGUUCUUUAAACCAUGAACCUCAUAUGGCUAUUCUUCAUGAAAGAACUGCACCUGAGCCAACUGCUAGGGAUCCAAUUCUUGCAAGAGAUUACGGAGCACUGCCAGGGGAGCUUGCUGCACGCUCUGAACAUGUGGAUGAACUGUACCGUUCUUACAAACUUUCUACACGCGCCAUGGACUUCUAUCAAGGACCAUCAUAUGCGUCGUCUUCUUAUGAUAACCCGGCAAGUCUUUAUGCGGCUUCAUCUUACAAUAACCCGUCAAGUCUUUACGGCGAAAGCCCUCAGAGGCCUGUUGUUACAAGGGUUAGGGGACCGAGUGUGCCUGUGUCCACCCGUUACUCUUUCGUUGGUCCACCAACAUAUAGAUGAUCACCCAAACGCACAGCUCCAUUCAUUCUUGCACCCCUUUGCAAGCCAGGAUAGAACUCGAUGGUAGUAGCUACUGCAAUUUAUCGAUGGCUUUUUAUUUCUUCUGCAAGAUAAAUGUAUGGAACGAUAAGUUGCUGAACAAUAAUGCGAAGCUCCAACUAUGUCUUUGUCGACGUGCAGUGGUCGCAUAGUUCUUGCUGUUGGGGCAUUGUUGUGCAGUCUGCAUACCUGUCUUCUCUGUGAAAACCUGUACCCGGUUAUAUGUCGCCGCAGUCUUGUUGUAUAUCAUUGUCAGUUUGUUA